GGGACUUCCGCUGCCGGGGAGGCGGUUUUGUGUGUGUGUGAGUGUGUGAGGUGCGCGCGGGUUCCCGCACCCCGCGGGCGGUGGCACUUGGGGCACCCGGUCCCGUCCGGUCCGGUCCGACCCGGCCGGCGCUGAGAGGGGGGGCGGCUGCGGCGGCGGCAGCAGCGGGCAGCCCUCCCGGGGGUUCGGUCCCGUCCGGCAGCGCUGAGGGGGGCCCCCCCCUUAAGGGGGCCCCUGCGAGACUGGGGGGCCCCCGCGUGUGUGGCGGGGUCCCCCCGAAGGUGCGGGGCAUCCCGGUGGUGGUGACGGCAAUUUCCCCGGUUCUCGGCUCCCCGGGCGGGGUGAGGGGCGGGCAGGUGGGCGAUGAAUGGUUUCAGCACCGAGGAGGACAGCCGGGAUGGGCCUCCCGCCGCCCCCUUUUACGGCCAGAGCUGCUGCCUCAUCGACGACGGCGACCGCUGCGUCCGCCCCGCCGGCAACGCGUCCUUCAGCAAGAGGAUCCAGAAGAGCAUCUCGCAGAAGAAGCUGAAGCUGGACAUCGACAAAAGUGUGAGACAUCUGUAUAUUUGUGAUUUUCACAAGAACUUCAUUCAAAGUGUUCGAAACAAAAGAAAGAGGAAGACAAGUGAUGAUGGAGGUGACUCUCCUGAGCAUGAAACAGAUGUCCCAGAGGUUGACUUGUUCCAGCUCCAGGUGAACACUCUGCGGCGUUACAAGAGACAUUACAAGUUGCAGACCAGGCCUGGACUCAACAAGGCUCAGCUAGCUGAAACUGUCAGUCGUCACUUCAGGAAUAUUCCUGUGAAUGAGAAAGAGACACUUGCAUAUUUCAUCUACAUGGUGAAGAACAACAAGAGCAGGCUGGACCAGAAGUCAGAAGGUAGCAAGCAACUAGAAUGAAGAUCAUAAAGACUUGGAAUAAGAGAGACCUUGAAGGAACAGAUGGUAUUGUGCAUAUUUGGUAUAUAAAAACAGUUGGAGUAUAUUGUAAAUUUUUUUCUAAAUGCAGUAAGUCUGGAUGACAGAAAAAAAUUCAGACAUUCUUAUCAGGAGUAUUUGAAAACAUGUGCCCAGUAUGUUUCUGAAGACUUCUUCCCCUCAUUUCAGAGUCACAUUGGAAUAAAGAAAUGAGGAUAAUGAGGAAACCAAGUAAACCUGUAGGACUGUGGAGUUUAUCAACCUAAUGUUUUAAACCAUUUCUGGAAAUCUACAUCUCAGUGCAAUUCAGAUCACAGAUGGGAUUUUUUCAAUGAGUUCAGACUGCAUCAGAACCACCAUGCAGUUUGUCUUGGUACAGGACUGGAAUAGCAGCAGAGAUAAAAUUCAGUAUUGAGGUGCGUGGGUCAGAAGUUUGUCUGAAGCUUGCUCCCCACCCACAUGUGCUCUGCCUUGCCUUGAGUCAGUGCUUCAAGUCCCAGACUUCUACAAAUGCUGCAGCUCACCAAAUCUACUCCAGUGAAUGCUACUUGACUAGUCUGAAAUUUAUUACUUUUGUUUGUUUGUUUUUAAUCACUUUUCCUCCUGCCCUCUUCUGACAUGGAUGCCAAACAACUCUUUGCAAUCUCUUUUUCUAAUUUCUUUUAUUUAAGAACUCACUAAUUAAUUGUCUGUAAGCAUUUAAAAACUCCUGCAUUUCCUCAGAAUGUGGUAUUAAGGCAAAUGCAGCUUAUUUGCUGGGUUUGGUCACGUUGGUAGAAACACUCACUUAAUUCACUUUCGUGUAUUCAAGUCUCAGAGUGGUGGCAGGGGAAACAGUGGCUUAAGACAUCUUCAUGUCUGUGCAAGAUCAGAUUUCAAUCAUAAAUGAUGUGUGUUUUACAUUGAAGCUAGUCUUUAGCAGGUGUCACAAAACUGCUGUGUGGAUUAAUGGGCUCUGCAGUCUCUGUUUAGUGUAAAGCAGGCUUCUGCUAGUGGGUGUAGCAUCAGAACCAGGGUAGCAAACUGAAUGGAGCACGAUGUGUUUCAUCUCUCUUUGCAGUGGGCAAAAAGUAUCAAAGCACUUGCCUUGUGUGAGCAUCAUCUCUGCUUUCGUAAGAGCUGUGUGAGGGGAGGGUGGCAUGCUGGUGCUCUGUACCUGGGCACUGUAGGAGGAUAUCUCUCUGAUUUUGUUAUUGAAACCCAAGAUAUCCUUACAAAUAACACUGUAGUUAUUUUGGCAAAAGGCACUUAGAAAACUGUUGGUUGUGACUGACUUCUCCAGUGACCUCAAGUUGUAUUCAAGGGGAUCUCAUAAUUUGAAGCACCACUGUUUCUUUGCUGUCCUAACCAAUGUCUCCAUCCUGGUACAAGAUGCCAGGGCUCCACAUAGACAGUAUAUUCUCAACAAGCCUUAAUCAACAAAACUGAACAGCAGAAAGCUAGCAUUUUAUCAGUGGCAGGGUUUAAUAUUCCAAAACUGGAUGAAGUUUUUUGAAGAGCUAAACAGACAGAUCACGAUCCCAGCUUAAUCCUGCAUGUUCCAUAAGUCAUGAGGGGUUCAUGUAGUGAAGCUCUUGCUGAAGCUCUCCAAGGGUCUCUUUAAAAAUCAAGUCACAAUCUGAAGCAGGUUGUUCACAUCAGCUCUGAAGUGUUUGCUAAUACUCCAAAAUCAUCUUCAAUGUGUCUGUCUCCUGUGUCAUAGGCAGAAUACUGUUAUGGUACACAUCCCAUCUGUAGUGUUUUGGGGAGUGUGAUUAUUUCAGCGUUUCCUUGUUCGACUCAGUGUGGAUUUUAAGAACAUCAGCCAGGAGAGGUUCAAGGAAGGAGAGAAUGUCUUGCAUUGGUAUUUCAUGAAUGUUUUAAAAUUUCCUAGUGACAGUGGUCCUUUCCUUAUUGAAAGGAGGGAGUAAUUCCCACAUCCAUCAGCAUGAUCUGUCUUUUAUUGAGGACAGAUAGCUAAAAGGGUGUGUUCUCUGACUGCAUGUUAAUCUUCAAAGUGCUUAUGUAAUCAGAGGGUAUUACCAAGGGAAAAUGCAUUUCUGAGUUGAGAGGGUUAUGCCUCGUUGUAACUUUUAGACCAAAACUGUAAAAAUGUAGUUUAUUUGCAAUUUACUUUUUUGUUGUUGUAUUUUGUUUUGCUUUAUUUCUAAGAGUAAAUAAAUCUGUUGGGGUGUUGUAGCAGCCAGCAGCAAAAAUGAUUGUUUUCAAGGAAAUAUGGUGGCAGGUUCCAUCUGUUCAGGUGUAUUCACUGGAAUGCUUUUUGUGCAGAGGUGGUAUCCAGGAAUUUUUUUUUUUUUUUUUUUUUUUUCCUGAAAAUAGUCAACUGAUGUGAAAUGUGAUCCUUGUUUGUUUCACUCCUAAAGCAAUUAUACUUUUUUGAAGAAAUCCUUAACAAAGUGUGAUAAUGAAGAAAUGUUUACCAGCCAUUAGCAGUUGUUUAUAAGGUGGCAAGCUUGGUGGCAAGACACCAAAGAAACAGAGGAAUCUUUGGCUGUCAGACCCCAUGGCCUUAUAAACCCUUGCAAAUGCCUUAUUACCUUGUUCUCAAUUUAACUGGAGCAAAAGAAAGCUGAUGUCUUGUUGGAAGGGUGAGCCACUUGAUGGCUCCCAUGCUAUAAACUGAAAUCACACGUCAAUUCAGUAGCAAUAUCCAUGUUCAGGGUGCCUGUGAUUCUUGAAAAUCAUUUAGUGUCUAAUAACCAGAAAACGCAACAAUGCAAUUGUCCUUCUGUAUAAUACCAUUCUGUGUACUUGAUUCCUUAUGCUGCAUGCCAAUUAAAAAAAAAGAGACUUUCCAACAUUUUUGUUUUAAACUCCAAAUGAAGCGUGUUUGAACCUCACACUUGUGAAGCCAUGAGGUGGGACGUUUUCUCAGCACUUUUAGAUGGGACUUGUUGGAAAGGUGAAAGACCCAAAUCACUUUGGCUGGUAUGAUAAGAUUUUUUUUUUUCCCUUUUAUGUUUUGCUUUUCACAGAUGGGCCUUAAAUUCUGUCUAGCUUUGAACCAUGGAGCACAAGCCUUGGGGGCAUGGAGGAUGACAAGGUGUCAUCUUCCAGUUAGAAUAGUGGAAGCUUAUUUCUUACAAGCCUGCAUAGGUGACAUUCACCCUGGAGCAGAGGAAUCAUCUUUGAAGCCCUCCAGCCAUUGCAUAGCCUAGUUCAAGUUCAUAGCCUCACUCAGUUCUCAUUGAAGAGUUGCAUUAACUUCAUUAGACAUCUAAAGAGGUGUAAAGCCAUUAGCAUGAAAUCCCAAUAAUGUGGAAACAUCUCUUAUAGGGUUCAUUUUAUUCUGCAUGCUGACUCUCUGCUGCCUUUAAGGGAAGGAGAAGAAAUCAUUGCUGGUAGUUACUGGCUUGAGCUCAACUAUAGAGAGUUGGAAGCAUGUGAAGAUUUGAGUUGUUGGCAACCUAAUGGCUGAAAAGUGCAAAUAUAUCCAAGGAGGCUGUGUUAGAAUGCAUGGUGUUUGUUUUUUUUAAUUUCUACAUCUCAAAGAAUAUUGUAUAUCAACCUGAAAUAAGCAGUUGCAUUAAAAGCUCAUGUUUCUUUUUCCAGGCACUUGAGAUGCUCGGCUUGAGAAGAGCAGGGAGGGGGGAAGUUUGUACCACUUGUCCCCAGUACUCCAGUGUCCCAGUUUUCCUUAGAAGUGUGGUUGUAAACCACUAGGUAGGCUGGGACACAAGACUUGGCCAAAAUAUAUCAAGUCUGGCAGAUCCAGUCAGUCUUAAGUGCAAGCUGGCUUCAGAGAGGUUCUGAAACCAAGAGCCAAAAUAAUUCACAGUAAGUGCAAGUUUUCAAGUGGGUCGUGAUGGCACAAAGAUGAAACAGGACAUGGCCCACAGAGAGACUGAACAAAACCCACUUCCACUGUUAGCAAAAUGAAGAUUUGUUCUGCACCAGCUCUUGUCAUGGGUGUUUCAGGAGAGGGGGUGAGGGGGGAGCAGUGCACUUUAUGCCUUUUGGUUGAGCCAAAUGUAAAUACCCAUGGGAGAUCUUCAGCAGUAACUGCAGUCGGGGGGGAGAGAAAUGGUCUGCUGGGAGACUGUUUAUGUAAAUUUGCAGAUCUUUAUACUUCCCCAGAGCACUAGAGACACUUUGCCUCUACCGUUUAGAAGAGUGGGUAAAACAAGGUAGCCUCCUGUACAGAAGGAGUUCUUGUAUUGCCCAAACUAUUGACUGAAGAGUCCCAAAGGUGAAGGAAUGUUAUUGAUGCCUCACUCCUCUUGUCACUGAUGCCCUUUAGCCAUCUCUAGCUUACCAAGUUAGGGAGUUCUCAUUUUCCACUUUCAAAGUGCAAAUGAACUGUUAGGAUAUAAGAUGCUCCUUGCACUUUUUUCACAGCUAUCCCUGGUCUUAUGUUUUUGACUUGCCUGGGAACACAUCUGUUUGGAAUGAAUCAAAUGGUUUAAGAAAUGGGAGGGGGGCUUCUGCCUUAAACCUGAACUUCCCUUGCAAGCAACUCUGCAGGCCAUUGGGUACAUCCACAGGCACCAGGAGCCUCUUCUUCAGCUGAGCUGUCACAGGGCUGGGUUUACUCCUGUCCUAACCACAGCUCUUGGCUUGCAGAUGGGGUGCAGGGGAGGUGAAUAGCAGGUAACUUGCAGAAUGGCUUGAAGUCUUAGCAGGCUUACUAGGAGAGAAAAGCUGUUCCCUCUUCUGUUUCUGGCCUCCAUGUAUUGUGCUAAUAUUAUGCCAAAUGUUUUGGACACCUUGUAUUUUUAACUGUUGUAAUAUAGAUGUGUAUUGUUAAAGCAACCUAGUAACUUAUAGCAAAAACUGUAGAACUGAUUUCUCUGAGGUUUAGGAAAUGUCCUGCUUCCACUGUGUAUGAAACUUUAACUCUGUACUGUCUGACAAAGAUAAAAUGCUGAAUUUCACUUUAAUAAAUGAUCUAGCUAGCAACAAGGCCUA